AUGACAGAAUCCGCAGCCUCGGAGGCGGUCGCUCAAUCCCCACAAAGGGAGGCGCCCCCGGCUCAGCCCAGCGCGGGGGUGGACUACUCUAUGGAGGUGGAGGUCAAUCAGGCCUUUGCAAAUGCACAAGCAGAGCAACAGCAGCAGCAGAUUCAAAUGGACGAACUGCCUGAAAAGAAGUUCAGCCACUGGGAUAACCUCCCUAUUCUUUUACGGCGCACCCUAAUGGAUUCGGGAAAUGUGCUUUGGUCCGAAGCCGUCAAAGCACUUACCAGGGCAGCGAAGCUGCCGCCCCUCUACCAACCGAUGCACUCAUAUGCCAAGACGGCCAACCUGGGCUCACUUGUUAACAUUCCAAAGCCCAACAACGAAAUAAAUAAGCGCAUCUGCGUGGUUCAGGGCGAUCUGACGGCUCUACGGACCGAGGCCUAUAUAGUCCCGGUGUCCCCCUCCCUCUCGGGCGCAGAUGGAAGCGAGGUGAACGCUUUGGUUCAUGCUAAGGCAGGACCGCAGCUUCACACGGAGUUGAAGCGAGUGGGAGCCACAUUGCGUACCGGAGAAGCGUGCUUGACCCGGGCAUACAACGUAGGCGCCGAUGACCCCGAUGAGGAGACAGGGCUCCUUUAUCCUAUGUUCUUGCUGCACACGCUCACUCCAAAGACAGAGGACGCGGCAGCAUUAAAGUCUUGCUAUGAAAGAACUCUUUACAUAGCUCUGUCCGAAGAGCUGCGGACCAUCGCCACGCCCAUUCUUGCUGGGGUUCCGUAUCCCCGUGCUGGAACGGAGUACUAUCCGUUAGUUGGCAGCAUUCACGUCAUGCUCUCUGUUCUCCGGUCUUGGCUAGAUCGGCAGGAUGUAAGAGAUAGGGUCGAUCUCUUCAUAAUCUGUUGUGCAACUGACAGGGAGACCCAUAUUCUUCAGGAGCUUAUGCCCUUAUACUUUCCGCGUGACUAUGAGGCAGAGGAGGAUGACAUAUUGAACGACCCACCUCCACCGCCUGUUGAGGAAGCUCCUCCUCCUCCACAGGGUAAAAAGUCCCGGAAGAAUAGCAAACAGGGAAGUCGCAAGAGUUCAAAGAGUAAGAAGAAACGGUAA